UAGCAGAUGUAGUGGGUAUGUCGAUUAUGUGAAUUAUAUUUGUGCGAUGAAAAUGUGUGCAUAAAAUCUUAUGGAGGGGAUCAGUGCGUUUUAUUAUGCAACGGAAAACGCAUCAUCCAAGUAUUGUGGAAUAUACGAGUCGAUUCACCGCUGACUCAUGUGGAUCAGGCUUUAGUCGAGAAACUGAAAAGAAUUCUCGUCAGAGAGACAGAAUUGUUUAUUCGAUAUAUCACGUAUCUCAUCUUCACAGUUCUGCCUCAACUCAGCAUUCUACAGUCGAACGCUGAGUUGAAGCAAAACAAGGUCUAAUCUAUCAAUUUUGUUCAGUAUUUAUAAUUCCUGUAAUCAUCAUGGCAUGCACAGUACGAGGAAAGCCAGUAGUCAUACACCCCGCAUUCUAUGCCGCUGGCAUAAUCUUAGUUGCAGUAAUUGGUUUCCUCAUUUUCUACCAUGUCGAUCCAAGAGUUCACUAUGCCAUUUUUGGAGCAUCUGACGACACGAAUAUAGUCAAUGGAAUCCCUGGUCUCAGUGUGAGGCCUAGGAUAACGGAAGCUGGUAAGUCAGAAACGCUGAUCAUGUACAACUCAAGGGACAAAAACAGCUAUAUGCGUUGGGUGGACGCACUCGACGACUUUCUCAAAGAGUAUAAGAAUCCUUGGCUAAGCCAUGGGCGAAUGGAAAAUAUCCACAAUUGUGAUUUCCGUUAUCCACCACCACCAGGGGCCGUCUGCGAAAUUGACCCUCGAGCAUUUGGCCCAUGUAUUUCGGAAAACCACUACAAUUUCCACAGAUCUGCACCCUGCAUUUUCAUCAAGCUGAACACGCCAACUGGUUGGAUUCCUGCUUAUUAUAACGAAUCUAAAUCACUGCCAGAAGUGAUGCCCGGAUAUUUGAGAUCAAUGAUUACUGCACAAGAAUCCUCUAGACCUGAUCAACUUAAUACAGUAUGGUUAUCAUGCGAGGGCGAAAUGCCUGCGGACGCAGAAAACAUUGGCCCUAUUCGAUUCUUACCGAUAGCCGGAUUUCCUGGAUAUUACACCAAAAAUGUGGAUGUAGCAGGCUAUCUUCCACCUAUAGUCGCUGUCAUGUUCGAACGACCGACCCUUGGAGUAUUGAUAAACGUGGAGUGCAAGGCAUGGGCGAAGAAUAUACAACAUGAUCGUGAUCGGUUAAUGGGAGUCGUACACUUUGAAUUAUUGAUUGAUUGAUCCCAAUCUGCAUUCGAAGACUUCUUUCCCAUAACGCACCUACACAACAUGCACCAAAUCUCCAUUUCAAUUAUCUAAUUGGACCGUUUGAUUUUUAUUGCCGUUGAAUGAAGUAAAAGUGAACUGAUAUUACAUUUCGUCUUCCCAUGUUACGCGGAAUUAAAUGAUAUAAAAUAAAUUAAGAAUAUGAACGAUGGUGAACAAACCGUCCCAGCUAUAGCACAGAGCUAAUAUAUCAAUUUGUAAAUCAUAAGUUAAUUAUAAAUUUUUACUUUUUUCUAUCCCGCAUUGUAUGAGUAGAGCAUUAAUAUCGAUGAUUGUAUUGAGCAAAAAUAAAUACAAAAGAUUGAAUACAUUCA